AUGCCUCGACCUCGACUGUCGCCGCAUCUGUCGCUACAUCGCUUCAAGAGCACCACCUCGGUCAAGUCGACGACCGACAGCCAGACCAACAGUAGGAAUGUUAGCCCUAGGAGGAAGGCUGAAGAGCAGGGUGACCACAAGGGGCUCAAUCUGGUCCUAAGAGUCCAGGUGCUCGAGGCCACGUCCGUAGUCGACAAGACAUUGAACCCAAAAUGGAACCAGACCUUCGACCUCCCCAUCUCGGGUGUCUCGAGUCUGCUGCUCGAGGCUGUGUGCUGGGACAAGGACCGCUUUAGCAAAGACUACAUGGGCGAGUUCGAUUGGUACAAGCUCGAAUCUAGAAAGUCGGGCCGCAAGAAGAGCCAUGCUUCUGGCGAAGUCCUCUUGAAGGUCUCCGUGUUCGAUCCCAUCAACCCCAACGCCACUGCCCAGCAGACCCUCCAAAAGUUCUAUGGUGUUGUUGCCCUUGAAGAUCCCGCCGAAGGAGACGAGGAUCUUGACGAGCUUACCCGAGCAGGAGAAUCCGCCGACGAGGACGAAGACGAUGAUGAAGACGAUUCCGGCAACAGCCCCGAACAAUCAGAGAAGAGAAAAAAGAGACACAGACUUGCCCGCUUGAAGCGCAAGACCAAGCUGAAGGCCUACGAAUUCAAUGGUAUGAGUGCUGUUGCUGGUGUUCUCUUUGUCGAGAUCCAGAAGGUGACAGACCUGCCUCCUGAACGCAACAUGACACGAACUUCCUUCGACAUGGACCCUUUCGUUGUCAGCUCUUUGGGCAAGAAGACGUACAGAACUCGCGUCAUCAGGCACAACCUCAAUCCAGUCUUUGAGGAGAAGCUCGUCUUUCAGGUCUUGCGACACGAGGUCAACUACAUGCUCAAUCUGACUGUCAUUGACAGAGACAAGCUUUCUGGAAACGAUUUCGUUGGUGCUGCCACUUUCUCUCUUGAAAGAGCUAGAGCUGUUCAACCAGAGGCAGAUCCGGAAACUGGUCUUUACAACUGCCCUGACACACCGGACGCUGGGGCCACGCCUGGCUCUGAAUAUAGGCGUUCUCGCUUCCGCUUGAACUCCUCGCGAUCGCAGUCAAGCCAGACACUUAGUAGGUCGUCUCGCAAUGCCUCGGCCAAGGACCUCCACCGGCUCUCUAGGACGUCUUCGAAUACUAGUGUGAACCACAGACCUUCGUUACGGAAGGAGGACUCGGGCGACUCUCUGAACGCUGUCGACUCGCGAGAAGAUAUUCCAUCACCAAUGACCAGCAAUCCAUACAUGACUGACGCUUCUGGUAUUCCUCAGGUGAAUGUCGACCAUGAUGGUGUCGAAGACCCGGAUCUCAGAUACUACGCCAUCCCUUUGCAGCUGAAGAACAAGGACAGAUGGGAAGACAAGCACAACCCUAUUGUUCACAUCAAAGUCAAAUACCUGCCAUACCAAGCCCUUCGUCAACAGUUCUGGCGUGCUAUGUUGAAGCACUAUGACGCAGACGACACUGGAAAUCUUGACAAGGUUGAGAUUACUACCAUGCUUGAUACUCUGGGUUCCACUCUACACGAGAAUACUAUCAAUUCCUGGUUCAAGCGCUUUGCUGCUGAGAAUGGUGGAGAAGAAGUCUUGACCAUGGAUCAGGCAGUAAUCUGUCUUGAGGAUCAGCUUACCAAAUAUCAGCAGAAGAAGGCAACUCUUACGGACACUAUCCAGGGAAAGCUUCACAUCUCGGAGACCAAGACUUCAAAGUUGACAUCCGCUGACGGAUCAAAAUCCUCUGACAGCCUUGUACAAUCUGAAGACAGCUCAAGCCAAGGAACACCUCUGAACAAUCGCUCACAAACCUCAGUGAUCCCGGCACUCGAAGUUCAGGACCUGUCAGCCGAUGGGGAGGAAGGAGGUGCUUUGCCGGACGACGACCUUGCGGAUGAGGAGAGGGGUGAGGAGCAUGUCGUGGAGAUCAAGGAGUGUCCCAUCUGCCAUCAACCUCGUCUGGACAAGAAGAACACCGAGGCCGAUAUUAUCACGCAUGUAGCCACUUGUGCCUCACAAGACUGGCGUGCUGUCAAUAAUAUUGUCAUGGGCGGUUUCGUCACCAGCAGCCAAGCACAGCGAAAGUGGUACAGCAAGGUCAUCACCAAGAUUGGUUAUGGCGGUUACAAGAUUGGAGCCAACAGUGCCAACAUCCUCGUUCAAGAUCGUAUCACUGGACAGAUCAACGAGGAGAGGAUGAGCGUGUACGUCAGACUGGGUAUUCGACUGCUCUACAAAGGCCUCAAGAGCAGGGAUAUGGAGAAGAAGAGGAUCCGCAAGCUUCUCCGAUCUCUAUCAUUCAAGCAGGGCCGCAAGUACGACGAUCCCGCUUCAGCAUCACAAGUUCCUGGCUUCAUCAACUUCCAUCAAUUGGAUAUGUCCGAGGUUCUCUUGAAAACGUCUGAUUUCAAGAGUUUCAACGAAUUCUUCUACCGCAAGCUGAAGCCAGAUGCUAGACCUUGCUCAGCUGCAGACAGACCGGAAAUUGUCGUUUCGCCAGCAGACUGCCGGACAGUCGUGUUCAAUCAAAUCAGCGAAGCUCAACGUGUAUGGGUCAAGGGACGAGAGUUCUCAGUGGAACGACUCUUGGGUAACGCAUAUCCCGAAGACGCCAAGAGGUACGCCGGCGGCGCUAUGGGUAUUUUCCGUCUGGCACCACAAGACUACCAUCGUUUCCACAUUCCAGUGGACGGUACAAUGCUCGAGCCCAAGCUCAUCGAGGGCGAGUACUAUACAGUCAACCCUAUGGCUAUCCGCAGUGCGCUUGACGUGUAUGGUGAGAACGUCAGAGUUGUGGUGCCGAUUGACAGCCCCAAGCACGGACGUGUGAUGGUCAUCUGUGUUGGAGCUAUGAUGGUUGGCAGUACAGUCAUCACGCGAAAGGCAGGAGAGAAAGUGAGCCGUGCGGAAGAGUUGGGAUACUUCAAGUUCGGUGGCAGUACGUUGUUGCUGCUAUUUGAGCCUGGGAAGAUGUUGUUUGAUGACGACUUGGUCGACAAUUCUAACGGAGCGUUGGAGACACUGGCACCUCACAUGCCUGACAUGCGCAAAGAAAACCCCAGCAUGGCUGAGAAGCAAGAUGCCAAACGCAGGAUCGAAGGCAGUUUUGCACCCAGCACAAGGGCGAUGCCUGGCUUGCCAUCUGCAGCCAACAUGCAGUAG